UCCACAAUUGAUGGGAAUAUUGACGCUAUCAUGUCACUUCUCCAGCAAAGUGGCAUCGUGGAAGCGGGGGUCUUCGAGAAAUACGUUAUUCUUGUACAUGGGGAUCUUGGUACAGUUGAGAAGGUUGAAGGGAUUUUGCGAUCACGGCGCAUUGAAGAAAGCGCGCUUGAGCGCAUGCAUUAUCUUGUGGCUAUACCAGGACUGUUUCAUGUCAGAAUGGCAUGUGUUGAUGCGAUGAAUAGGAUUCAUGCAACUGGGAAGGACUCACGAAGUGAC